AACUCUCCGUGUUCAUGCCAUCUGACAUAGUAUCACUCCUCUUCGCUCCAUCCCAUCCCACCGACCCCCCUCCCUACUAUCCGCUCCAGGGAAAGGCCGGACAAGUCCCCAACGCUGCCUUCACUCCUUUUCCUUUACGUCCCACCUCACUUCUCUCCUCUCCCCACUUUCCCACUCCCCCCACCCUCCCCCCGUCCGCCCCAGAGACUGUCCCUGACGCUGCCUCCUCGGCAGGCUACCAGGAGUAG